AUGCUCUUGCUCGAUUAUCAGAACGUUCUCAUUCAGAACCUCCUGACGGAGCGAUUCUCCGGGUAUAGCUGUCCCCUCCCCGCCUCAGGCACGCCGGUUUCAAUUGACCAAGUCGUUUCUGACUUUGACGGAGUGACCUUCCACCUCUCGACGCCAGAAUCGAAGACCAAGAUCCUUAUCUCCAUCCACGUGAAGUGCUUUAAAGAGCUGGUUCAAUACGGUGCCCAAGAGGUACUGGAAAGAGAAUAUGGUCCCUACAUUGUCACACCAGAGCCUGGCUAUGACUUCUCGGUACAGAUUGACUUGGAGAACCUGCCCGCAGAGCAGGAAGCUCGGGACGAGCUCAUCAUGCGGCUUGCGUUGCUGAAACGUAACGCCAUGGCUGCUCCGUUCGAAAGGGCAUUCGACGAAUUCGCGAAGUUGUCAGAGGAGGCAUCUAGGUACACAUCGGAGUCCGCACCCCAGGGAGUCAAGGAAGGUGGAGAGUUGAUGGCAAUUCAUUACCGGGAAGAGGAAGCAAUUUACAUCAAGGCCAGUCAUGACCGGGUCACGGUGAUCUUCAGCACUGUUUUCCGCGAAGAGACGGAUCGUAUCUUUGGCAAAGUCUUCUUACAGGAGUUUGUCGACGCGAGAAGACGUGUGGUGACGUUGCAGAAUGCGCCCCAAGUGCUCUUCCGCAGCGACCCUCCGCUGGAGCUUCAGGGGGUCCCUGGUCUCCAGACCGCUGGGGACGGUAAAAUGAGUUAUGUCACUUUUGUUCUUUUCCCUCGACACCUGACUCCUCAGCGACGCUACGAAAAUAUCUCUCACAUCCAAACCUUCCGUGACUAUUUCCAUUAUCACAUCAAGGCGUCCAAGGCAUAUAUUCACACUAGAAUGCGUAAGAGGACAGCAGACUUCCUCCAAGUCCUCAACAGAGCUCGACCUGAAAACGAGGAGCGGGAGCGAAAGACGGCCAGCGGUCGCAUCUAUGCAAAGCAAGGAUUGGACGGAAAGUCACAUACUAAAUACAGACUGCAAAGAAAGCAGGGCAUGACCCCACAAGAAGCUCAGGAGCAGACAGUACAAGCACAGAACAAAGUUCUUGCGCGACUGGUGGAUCGAUACGGGCCUUCGUUGGUCAAGCUUGAGUUCAUGGCCUACGAUCUUGAUGUCGAUGGAGCAAAAGCGCUCGGCACCAGAUGUAGACACGCACUGCGUUAUCUGGCACUGCGCUUCGAGCAUCCGCAUAUCCGCGACGGGCCGAUGAGGCCAACCGCUUGGUAUUAUCCUGCGCCGGGUAGCACUGCUUGGAACUUACUGGCGGGCAUAGGGAACCACAAGAACAUAGGGAUCACCGGCCUCGAGACUCUGAUAUUGGAACGAUCAGGCAUCACACCAUGGCAGUUGGCGAUGCUUGUGGAAAAGAACCCUAAGCUCAGAGUCUUGAAGUUGAGGACCUGCCGUGGUGCCCAGCCGGAGUUUUUGAAUUGGCUUGGGGGCGUUCAGAAGGAUGAAGACGAUGCAGUGAUAGAAGGGCACCGACUGGCACCUGGUGCGAAGCUCGAAGUUCUCUGGCUGGAGAAUUGUCACCGUUUACUUAGCCAUCCAACAGAUGGGCAAAAAGGUAAGCAGUUGCCAGACAAGCCCUGUGAUGAGGGCUUUGAAUGGGUCAGAAGUCUGUCAAACUUGCAAACAGCCUUCCAGAAGCUGUUCCGCAGACGCUCAUCACAGUCGAAGGGUAAACAACCUGCUUUGCCUGACGAGUUCGAAAUCAGCGAACACACCGACGGCUUCUACAAGUACUCUCAAGAGAUGCUUGAAGAGAAAGAGAGAAGACUCGAGCCUCGCACCAUGCGUGCUUCAGACAGUACCGAGGCUUCUUACGCUUCAGCUGGGAAGAAACUAACACAUAGUCAUGAGAUGCCACCCAUCGAAACUCCCGCUCUUCCCUACACCAUCAGCUCGUCUGAAUGGCACUCUUUCGCUGCCCGUGAGCAGCUUCUCGAAAAUCCUUACGGCGAGGCGGCUGCAGAGAAAUUUGGCAGUGUCCUCAGCGUCUUCUCCAAGGUCUACGCCAUUGCCAAAAUUCUUGCUUGGGCACUCAAGAUGUAUGGUGUUGAGUUGGACGACGCUCCUGGCGGUAUUUUGGCUCGUCUCAAUGACGCAGAAGCGGGUAUGGGUACAGAUUCUCUUGCUGACCUCAUCGAGAUCACCGAAAGGCUUUAUUAUUCUCUGUAUGCAAGACUGGUUAUGGAGAUUGCCAACGCUGAGCUCUGUGGUCACUUCGAGCUUGACCUGCGCCGCAUGCUCAUUAAGGAACCGCUCACACUUCCUGAAGCUAGUCAUCUCCGCAACAUAUUCAUAACAUUCAAGGACGUGCUGGACGCUCCAGAAGUCUGCAGUGGCCUCGACUACGACCUUGUUAAACAGCACCAGGACUUGAUCAUUCGCCAUGCUACCGACAAGCUUGCCGUCACCGGCUUCUCUGCGCACGAUCUUAUCGGUUAUCGUACAUCUACCUUGAAGAUUGUCUCCAAUGAGACUCAUCCUUUCGUUCUGAAGUGGAGAGGACUCGUUUACCUGUAUCAGAUGCCGGGCGUCGAAACUAUCACCGUGAUGUCCGAGAAGUACCUGACUGUCAAGCCGAAAGUGACGGCUACCGAUGACUUCCCAGCCAUUGAACUUCCCUUCGUCAGCCGCGACUCAAUUCAGCCAGAAAUUUGGCAGCGCGAGAACAUCCUUGAUAACCGUCAGGCGACCCUGGCGAAGCUCGAGGGCAGGAGCGUCGGAGAUAUCAGACGCGAAGACGACAGACGCCGCCUUCUUGAUUUCGUCAAGGAGAAGAAGUGCAUCUGCCGUUCCUCUUGCAGUUGCUCGACAGAGUGCACAAUGGACGUCCUGCUGCCCUGCCCCUGCUCUGAGCGCAUCCUGCGCGUCGCGCUCGCCAAGCGCUAUCAUGGUGCUGGCGAGAAGGACUUCGGUCCCACAUGUGGCAGUUUGGCUAGAGCCUUCUUCGAAGGGCUGGCGAUGGUCAGUCGCGGCGUUGCUCACUAUGAGCUGGUCGCGGAGCUGCACCGCGCCAUGCAGCUCUUCGAAGAAGUGGUGGGCAAGCAGCGCCAUGCCGCUGCCAUGGGCACUCGACUCGUCUGA